ACCGGCCCCUCUCUCUGCAGUAUGCAUGUUCGCCAGGGGAUCCGCGAACCGCUCACGACCCAACGCACGUUACCGGUGAGAAACCCCCCAGCAACCAAGAGUCAAUCAUAAUCGAUUUGGAUGUGGCAGAUGCACAAUCACUUGAGAGUUGGAAUACGUUGGAAAGCCCGAGUGACCGGAGCAGCUGUGUGCAAGAGGAAUACUUGUAUUCGGGGGUGCUGCUCUCUACUUAACGUGGACAAUCAUGCAUGUGCUGUUUUGGGGACUAGGGUUUCUGCUAUUUCUCCCUGACGGUUUGAAUGUAGUGUUAUCAACAGAGAAAUCGCUAUUGAAUUCAAGAAAAGCUAAAGUGUCCGAGCAGCUUGGCGCAUACGAGAUUGUAACUCCGGCGCGAGUGAAUGAAGCCGGUGACAAUUUUCCCACGAGUGUGCACUUCAAACGGAAACGGCGGAGUGUGCACGAUAUCCAUGGCAACCCCUCUGAUCAAUGGGACUCUCGAACAAUCCAUUACAAAAUAUCUGCUUUCGGACAGAGCUAUCACCUCAACCUGACACUCGAGUCCGGAUUUAUUGCUCCGCUAUACACUGUGACAGUACUAGGAGCACUUACCGAUAGUAACAUCACGGAUUUCACACCGGGGGUGGAGGCGGAGGAGGAUACGGAGUAUCAGCAUUGCUUCUAUAAAGGACAUGUGAACGCUCAAACGGAGCACACCGCAGUCAUCAGUCUCUGCUCUGGAUUGUUUGGCACUUUCAGGUCACCAGAAGGGGAGUUCUUUGUGGAGCCCCUUCACAGCUACAAUGGAGAACACUAUGAAGAAGAACACACCAAACCUCAUAUUGUGUACAGGAAGGCCUCCAAGAAAGAGGCAGCCAGGGAGGACACUGCUUGUGACACAUCAGGACAUAAACACAGACACAAGAGGAACAGGGACAAGCUGAGGAGACGUCCGAUGGCCAACAGCAGCGACAUGCUGAAUGACCUGGAGAGCCUCUCUGCCAAUCCCCUCUCCAGAUCAGAAAGAGAGAGCAGCAGACGGCCGGCUAAUGAAAGCAGCGGGGACUCAGGACCUCACAGGAGAUCAAAGCGCUUCCUCUCCUAUCCCCGCUUUGUAGAAGUCAUGGUGGUGGCAGACAGCAAGAUGGUGGAACAUCACGGGAGCAACCUUCAGCACUACAUUCUCACGUUAAUGUCCAUCGUGUCUUCCAUCUACAAGGAUCCUAGCAUUGGAAAUCUCAUUAACAUUGUGAUUGUGAAGUUAGUCAUAAUCAACAAUGAGCUGGAUGGCCCUACCAUUUCCUUCAAUGCACAGACCACUUUAAAGAACUUCUGUAUCUGGCAACAGAGGAAAAAUCACCAAGAUGAGAACCAUCACUCCCACCACGACACAGCCAUUCUCAUCACCAGGCAGGACAUCUGUCGAGCGCGGGACAAGUGUGACACAUUAGGGCUUGCAGAGCUGGGUACAGUGUGUGAUCCAUACAGAAGUUGCAGUAUUAGUGAGGACAAUGGACUCAGCACUGCAUUUACUAUCGCCCAUGAACUGGGCCAUGUAUUCAACAUGCCCCAUGAUGACAGCAACAAGUGCAAAGAGGAGGGGGUUAAAAUACAGCAGCAUGUGAUGGCACCCACACUCAACCACUACACUAACCCCUGGAUGUGGUCCAAGUGUAGCAGGAAAUACAUCACAGAGUUCCUUGACACAGGGUAUGGAGAGUGCUUACUUGAUGAGCCCAUUUCUAGGCCAUACAGUCUGUCACAGCAGCUGCCUGGACGGAUAUACAAUGUCAAUAAACAAUGUGAAUUGAUAUUUGGGCCGGGGACACAGGUGUGCCCAUAUAUGGUCCAGUGCCGCAGGCUGUGGUGCACCAGCCCAGAGGGGGCCCAGAGGGGCUGCAGGACCCAACACAUGCCCUGGGCCGACGGAACAGAGUGCUCUCCAGGAAAGCACUGUAAACAUGGCCAGUGCAUUACCAAAGAGCACGAUCCCACGCCAGUGCAGGGGGCGUGGGGAGGCUGGUCUCCGUUUGGCUCCUGCUCGCGGACGUGUGGAGGGGGCAUCAAAAUCGCCGACCGCGAGUGCAACCAACCCAUGCCCAAGAACGGGGGGAAGUACUGUGUGGGGCGCAGGAUGAAGUUCCGCUCAUGUAACUCAGAGCCCUGCUCCAAGCAGAAGAGAGACUUCAGAGAGGAGCAGUGUGCAGCCUUCGACGGCCGGCACUUCAACAUCAACGGUCUACCUCCUAAUGUGCGCUGGGUACCCAAGUACAGCGGAAUUCAGAUGAAGGAUCGCUGUAAGCUGUUUUGCAGGGUGGCUGGCAGCACCGCCUACUAUCAGCUCAGGGAUCGGGUCAUCGAUGGCACGCCAUGUGGCCCCGACACCAACGACAUCUGUGUACAGGGCCUGUGCAGGCAAGCGGGAUGUGACCAUGUGUUGAAUUCCAAGGCGAGGAGAGAUAAGUGUGGUGUGUGUGGUGGUGACAACUCCUCGUGUAAGACCGUGGCAGGCACCUUCAACAUGGUGCGCUACGGAUACAACGAAGUGGUGAGAAUACCCAGUGGUGCUACAAAUAUUGAUGUUCGUCAACACAGCUUCUCAGGGAAACCAGAAGACGAUAACUACCUCGCUGUUUCAAACAUCAGAGGGGAGUAUCUGCUCAAUGGAGAGUUUGUGGUUAGCAUGUUUAAAAGGGAAAUCAAACUGGGCAACACCAUCAUCGAGUACAGCGGAUCUGACCACAUCAUUGAGAGAAUCAAUUGCACUGACCGCAUCGAAGAGGAGAUCAUUGUCCAGGUGCUUUCUGUAGGUAACUUGUUCAACCCAGACGUCAGGUACUCCUAUAACAUCCCCAUCGAGGAUAAACCCCAGCUGUUCAUCUGGGACGCCUACGGGCCCUGGCAGGAGUGCAGCAGGCCCUGCCAAGGAGAGCGUAAGAGGAAGAUGCUGUGUAGUAGAGAGUCGGACCGUGUGGUGGUCUCAGACCAGAGAUGCCAUGGGGCUGUCAGACCAGCCAUGGUAACAGAACCCUGCAACACAGAAUGUGAAAUCAGGUGGCAUGUAGCGCGGAAGAGUGAGUGUACAGUCCCAUGUGGAGUGGGAUAUCGUACACUGGAGAUCUACUGCGCCAAACUCAGCCGUGCCGAUGGAAAGACCCAGAAGGUUGACGAGCGUUACUGCAGCAGUCAACGUAAACCUGAGGACAAGGAGAGUUGCCAUGGAGACUGUAACCCGGCCGGUUGGGAGUACUCCUCUUGGUCAGAGUGCUCCAAAAGCUGUGGCGGAGGGUCCCGGCGUCGUGCAGCCGUGUGUGGGAAGUCCUCUGAGGCAGAAAGUGAUGAGAGUAAGUGCAGCCAGAGAGACAAGCUGACCACCGCCCAGAACUGCAAUGAGUUCCUGUGUCCCGUGUGGAAGACCGGAGACUGGUCUGAGUGCCCGGUGACGUGUGGGAAAGGGUACAAGCACCGGCAGACAUGGUGCCAGUUUGCGGAGGACCGACGGGACGACCGCUUCUGUGACUCUGCGUCCAAGCCUGAGUCGGUCCAGACGUGUCAGCAGCAGGACUGUGCCUCGUGGCAGGUCGGACCUUGGGGCCAGUGCACUACCUCGUGUGGACCAGGCUACCAGAUGCGAGCAGUGAAGUGCGUUGUGGGGUCAUAUGGGUCUGUCAUGGACGACACUGAAUGUAACGCGGCCACACGGCCCACUGACACUCAGGAUUGUGAACUGGCCCAGUGUCCUGUCAGCCACCCAGUUCCCCCUGGGACCAAAGUCCCCUCACACCUUUCACACAACACCCAGUGGAGGUUUGGCUCUUGGACACAGUGUAGCGCCACCUGCGGCAAAGGGACCCGGAUGCGCUACGUUAGUUGCCGUGACAUCCAGGGUGGGGUUGCAGAGGAUUCAGCCUGCUCCCACCUGGUCAAGCCCCCGGCCAGCGACGGGUGCAUUGUAGUGCACUGCGGACAGUGGAAGGUCCUAGAAUGGACAUCAUGCUCUGUAUCCUGCGGGCAGGGGAAGACCACUCGCCAGGUGGUGUGUUUGAAUCUCAGUGACCAGAUAGUGGAUGUGGUGGAGUGUGACCCUGAUGACCGUCCAGCCACAGAGCAGGAGUGUGCCAUGUCCCAUUGCCCUGCUCUCCGCUCCAGUGAUUCUCGACCCUUCCCCUCGCCCAGCGGGGGCGUCCGCAACAACCUGCCCACAGCUGCCGAUGGGCGCAGCGGAGGACGAACCCAGGCCCACCAAUGGAGGACAGGACCCUGGGGAGCGUGCUCGAGCACGUGUGCGGGUGGCUUCCAGAGGCGUGCGGUGGUGUGCCAAGAUGAGAAUGGUUAUGCUGCCAACAACUGUGAAGAUCGCUCCAAACCCAUCGAGCAGCGUUCUUGUGAGUCCGGACCCUGUCCACAGUGGGUCUAUGGGAACUGGGGAGAGUGUACCAAGCCGUGUGGUGGAGGAAUAAAGACACGGCUGGUGGCGUGUCAGAGGCCCAAUGGAGAACGCUUUAACGAUCUGAGCUGUGAGAUUCUAGAAAAACCGCCCGACCGUGAGCAGUGCAAUACUCAUGCGUGCCCGUCUAACCCCCAUUGGAGCACAGACCCAUGGAGCUCGGUACGCUCGUAAAUAUACACAUUUUCUUCCGCCAUCUUUUUUAAAAGUCCUCUCAUUUCACUACACACAGAGUUCCACUUUCCAUUUCACUGUUACCCUUCCCUUGGCACCAGAGACUUGUCAUCCUUCUAGAGACCGUUGGGAAUUGAUUUCUGUUCCACAUAAGAGACAGGACACACACACAACACACACAACACACCAAAAAGUACAACAUAUGAAAAGCUUAAUUGACAGUUGUGACCAUAAGAACACUUUCUCUGUUAUCAGUCUUAGUGUUAAAAAUUCAGGAUCAAUUUGUAUCAGAAUCAAAGCUAGUUUGUAAAAUAUUGAUUUAAAAGAUAAUUUAUUACUUAAGAGAUUUUCUUCUUUGUUUCCUAUGUAUAUAGAAUUGACAUCCAACGUUUCUGUUAUUGCUCUUUGUAUUCGCACACUUAGUCAUUCGUUGUUCAUAUGCAAAUAUUGAUCAAUGUUUCUGUAUAUCAGGAGUUUAAGAUGCAUUGUUUGUUUUUUGUUGACACCCAAAGAAUGGACAUAUACUCGAGUGUUGUUGCUAUUCAUACUCUUUUUGAGUUUUUAUGUACUCUAGAGAUGGGUACAUCAUUCUGAUGCUAAAGCUUUAUUGACCAUCAUAACUGUAAAAAUGUAAUUUGUCUUAAAGUGUGUAAUAAGCAGUUCAAACAAUAACAAAGCGCCCCCCCCAACUCUGUUUCGGUAAACAUCUAAGGGGUGGGGCCGGAUAAAGGUAACCACUCUUAAUUGCAUAAACAGAGCUAUGGAUGCAAGGACUGACCAUCCAUGACAUGAAAAUUCUAGUUUUAACCAUGUUUUGAGGUUAUACAGUGUUUUGUUUACAAUUACAUUGUUUACGAACAAAGAAGUAAAUAAAGGUUAUAUUUUCGGUUCUGAUGGGAUUAGACAGUUAAACUAAGUUCCUUAGUUAAUAUAAAUUAUGUUCUUCAAGAAUCAAUGGCUAUAUAGAAUGACCCAAAAAAAAACAUUUUAAUGGAUGUAGCAAUCGCAGAUUGCCCCUUUAAGGCACAUGCAGUUUUUAUAGAGAAUUUACUAAUCAUCGUCGGUUUACACCUUAUUUUACAGUCCACUAUUUACCUGCUAUUUAUUCAGAAAUGUCAUUGUAAAUGGUAACUACAUGAUAAGGACCUAAUGAUUACUAAUUAGUAAUGUAAGUGAUGCUAAAUGCUAAAUUCUUAAAAAGAAACAAUAGUGUUUCUCAGUUAAGACUAAGUCAACACCAGCUGAAAUAGGACUGUAGAAUAAAGUGAUAACUGUAGUAUUUGAUCAAUUAUGUGAUUCUUCUGUAUAAUAGUCAUUUUACCACAGCUUGAAGUCUUGACCCAGAUUCCUUCCUUUUUACUAGCACAGACAUAAGAACCCGGCCCAACCAGUAGGUCCAAGGCCCACUGCUCAAAAGGUGCUUGAUAUGAGUGUAUUUAUGUCAUGUUAGAUAUGUCUAUAUAUUCGCUUUUGUAAAUAGUUUAUUUUGGUGCGAUCACCAGUGCUCAAUACACAUGUAAAAAUAUGCUAUGCUCAACCAUACCUCACUUGGAACAAACACAACUCAACUAGCCAUUAACUUGUACUUACAAUGGUGCUGUUGCAAAACAAGGGAGAAAUGAGAUAUAAACAUCAAAGAACCACUAUAUAUUUUAUUUCAAACUUAGGGUCAUAAACUGUUUAUUGUGACAUAGAGAAAUGUAUGUAAACUGGUGUUUUGAGAAGUUGUUUAUAUUCUUUUUUUGGUCAUGUUUUUUUACACCGAGUUGAUUAUUGAUUAUGUCCCUUGAAAAUAUUGUAAUGUUAGGUGAACAUGUGUUGUGGUUUUUAAAAAGGUAAAGAUCAUUUUUUAAGUGUGUUCGAUUUAUUCACCACCAAACCUCUGUCUGUUGGAGCUCAAAGAGAAUGCCCCAUGUCCUAGCUUUGUGAACACACAGUUAGUGCCUGCGACCACAGGGAGAGUUUAUAGUGUUCUAUAUACCUGGAGGUCAUCUUCUGAGCCAGUCGUAUGUUUCUACCUCAUUCUCUUCUAACAUCACUCCCCACCCACCUAUAAUCUUCUGCCGGAGGGCUGCAUCCUCAUUCACAUUCAUCAUGAUCUAGGGUCUGUGUUUUGUUCAACCUCAAUGGCUACGAGUGAAAUUGGGGUAGUGAAAGCUGAUCUUGGAUCUGUGGUAAAGAUGCAACCUCUGCCUGGAGCCCACCCAGUCAUUUCUAAGGCUAAUUGUAACCUCCUGGUCAUUAAUGUCUGUGCAUACAUUGCAGACAUCACACCUUAUUUUAAGGGUCUGUUAACACAGCUCUCAAGCAGGCAGUGAGUGUAUUUCUCACUACACAUUGUUCACUAAAGAAAACGAUCAUUUCUAACUAUCUCUAAUAUGAGUAAUGAAAAGGAACCAUAAGGUUUGGGUUGAUUAUGAUGAAUCCAAAAAGAGUGUGAGUAACUUUUUACACUACUUGAUACAACUCCACAUGCACAUAAGUCUCAUGUCACUGUGAAAUUGUCGAUAAUUUGAUUUGUAGAAUAAAUGGCAAAACACAGUUAUACAGUAUAUGCAUGAAGAUGCAUUUACAAUGUGUUUGAUACCAACUGACUCUAGAAAUAAAGCACUCUAUGCCUCUCAUUCCAUAUGGAAGUAUCAGUUCGGGUUUCAAAUACAUUUGUGUAUGUUUAUAUAAUGAUCUGUAUUUAUUUCUACUUCAUUAUAAUGUCAUGUCAAUAUUUAAUUUUAUAUGAACUUGCUGAAUUUAUGUUAGCUCACAGAGAGGUAACGAUUAAUAUUAACUAGAGGUGCUCUUAAAAAGUGUAUUUCAUUUAUUUCAUUUACUGUAAAAGAUCAUGUUCAUGAACUAUCACGAACGAUUGCUUAUGCUCAAAUUAAGUUCCAAAACAUCAAUUUAUUGUAACGGUUUUCAUGCGGUGAAGGAGAGUCGGACCAAAAUGCAGCGUGUAGAUUGCGAUCCAUGUUUAAUCAAAAAAACGUAAACACGAAUCAAUACAAAACAAAGAACGUAAUGAACGUAACGAAAACCGAAACAGCCUAUACUAGUGAAACUAACACAGCGACAGGAACAAGGACACUAAGGACAAUCACCCACGAAACACACAAAGAAUAUGGCUGCCUAAAUAUGGUUCCCAAUCAGAGACAACGAUAAUCACCUGACUCUGAUUGAGAACCGCCUCAGGCAGCCAUAGACUAACGCUCGACAUCCCACAAAACCCCAAGACAAAAACACACCACAAUAACCCAUGUCACAACCUGGCCUGACCGAAUAAAUGAAGAAUAAACAUAAUAUAUAUCGACCAGGGCGUGACAUUUAUAUGGAUUUUCUUUCAAGUCUAUCCUCUAGUUUAUGUAGCAUACAGCUAGGUAGUUGUAUUCCAUGACUGUCUAAAGUGAAAAAUGAAGCUCAUAUGAGAGAAGAUAAUAGGUGGAAGCACUCAUUGCCAUUGAGGGCUUCUGCCAUUUUAAUGUAGCCAACUGGGUGGGGAUUCCUAUGGGUUGGGAGUAAUCAGCCAAUGAUCAGAACAUUAUCUUCUUCAAAUUGGUUAGCCUAGUUUGUAAAUGGCGUUAAGCUAUAUGACUGCCAUCUAGUAGCCACAAUAAAUUCAUGACACACAUGCUUUGGUUCAAGAAUCCAGCAUUGCAGGUGGUGGUAAAUUACCAAUAUUAGCUUAAACACGUUUUUCAAACAUCAAAAGCAGAAGAAGAUGGACUACUUUAAAUGGAGAUGCAGAUGCCGUAAUGGCACAGAUAAAAUGUUGCGAACUCUAUACAUCUGUAUGGAGAAGAGAGGCAAAACAUCUGCGCUCUUGAGCUCAUCUUAGUUACAGGAGAACUAGUGUCUAGGGAAAAAACUGAUAAACGUACACUCUGGGACACUGGUUUCUAAAAAUAGUUUCAUUAAAUUAGAUAAUUGCCAUGAGGAAACAGUAAUAGUGAAGCAAACACAUUCACUUACACUACCACAGGCAAGCUUGUAGUCCUGUUAAAAAUCUAAUCUACAAGUCUGUGCUUUAAUUAAGAUGAUUUCCUUCAGACUUUACACUAAUUACACUAGGAACGUGGAAGUGAUCAUUAUAAUUAACCAAAUUACCUACUAUGGAUUAAAUAGGAAAUUACCUCUACAGAGAGCAUUACUCGAGCUCACUAACUGGUGUUUGGAAAUGGGUGUUUUCAGUGAAUGAAAAUGUACAAAUCACUGAGCAAUAUCUUGUCUUAUGAGGCCAGGGCCCCAGUGACCUAUUUGAGCAACACUGACAAGAUGGAUCCCCCACUUACUGCGCUUAUUCACUCCUCAUGCCUGACAUGUUUUUUUUGUGUGCCUGGCAACACGUGCUCUACAACUACAUUGCCCCCUCAUCCGCCCCUCGCCAGUCCCCCCUCGCCCAAUGUGGGUUGAUGACUUUGUUCUGAUGGUGGGGGGCUGGUGACAGUGACUCAAAUGAAAACCCAUCAGAAAGACAAGGGUCACAUUUGAUCUGGGAUGGGCCCCUUCGCUGUACAGCUAAUCAGCAUGGAUGGACUUCUGGGAAAGGGCUGUGAUCCAAGGAAAAAAAGCCGGGAAAGCCCUGUUGUCUGUGGCGGCCCGGAAGGCCCAGUCGCCUUUAAUUCCGGGACGGAAUGCAGACUUUGGAAUGUGGUUUAUUUUAGGCACAACUUGCUGUCUGUCCGGGGCAUUGUUAUAUUUGACACUGUAAAUAAAUGCAUCUGAUUUGAA